CCAGAGCCCAUUAAAACAUUCACUCCAGCCCAAAAAAACUGUGAUAAUAGCUUGACAGUCGUCAUACAGGGUGUCCUGAUAAAUGAGGUCGUCUCUUUUGGUGUGUUUUGUUGGAUUAUGUUUAUGGACUUCUGUAAUUUCACUGAAGAUCUGUGCCUUCAACAUCCAGAGCUAUGGGGAAGCAAAGGCCAGCAAUAAGAAAGUUAUGGAGAUUUUGAUAAAGAUUAUUUCUCGCUGUGACCUGAGUUUGAUUCAGGAGGUUCGAGAUUCUAGAGGUCAAGCUGUGUCUGCACUGUUGAUGAACCUGAACAGGUUUGACAAAUCUCACAUUUACACACAUUUAGAGAGUAAAAGAAUGGGGAAGAAAACAUAUAAAGAGCAGUAUGUGUACAUUUACAGAAAAGACAUGCUGCAGGUCCAAGAGCAAUACCAGCACCCAGAGUUCAACGAGAGCACAGUAUUCACCAGAGAGCCGUUCAUCAUAUGGAUCCGUUCUCCCACAACCUUGGUGAAGAACUUUGUCCUUAUUGGUCAGCACACCUGUCCUAAGAGUGCAAUGAAAGAAAUGGAGGCACUGUAUGAGGUCUUCCAAACAAUCAGGAGGAAAUGGAAAACUGAGAAUGUGAUGUUUCUCGGGGACUUAAAUGCAGCUUGCAGCUAUGUUACCAAUAAAGGACUGAAAAACGUGCGUCUCAGGAGUGACCCAAAGUUCCACUGGCUGAUCAGAGAUGAACAAGACACUACAGAUUAUUAUUCAUGGCAAAGAACUAAUUUCUGGAAUAGUUCCGGAAUCUGCUCAACCAUUCAACUUCAAAGAGAAAUUCAAUCUAUCUGAGGAAGAGGCUUUGGAAGUCAGUGACCACUAUCCUGUAGAGGUGGAUUUGAAACCAAACCAUCGCUACCUCCUGCGCCAUGAACUGUGAAAUGAAAAAUAUCUGUGAACGAGAUACAAAGUAUCAAUUCUAAUAGUAUAUAAUUAUUUGCCUGAUACUGUGAUAAUUUACUGGUUCAAUGUCCAAUACUACAUGAGCAGCGUGUACAAUUACUACACACAUUUACUGUGUAAAUGUUGUCACGCAAGGAAACAAAAGGGGCAGAAAAAAUACAUGAUGUUUAGAGGCUCUGAACUGAUAGCACAGAAAGAAAAUGUGAUUAGAAAAUGGAAAAUUAAAGCUUUUAUCUUAUAUUUUAUUAUGCUGUUUUAGGAAAAAACGAGUUGUUUACUACACUAUUUAAGGCAUUUUUAUAUAAUUCAUUCAUUAUAUAUACAAAUUAUUUUUAAAAUAAAUUUUGGAUUUAUGGUGGCUUGGUGCUCUGCUAUAGUGUCCUGUAGUAAAUAAUAAACACAAUGUCCUCAUAUUGCCAGUAUCACAAUUAUACCUGAAAUUCUAUGAAAUAUUAUACAUUUGGACUAAAAGCCACAAAACUGUCAUAUUUACACAUCAGAGGGUCAUGAUUUGUCACAUUGCAUGUUUUGAUCAAGAGAAGUAGAAGCUAUGCUCUUGUGUUCUUUCAUUCUGUAAUGUCACUAAAUAAUUCACACUAUAAAAUCGACUAAAACUCACAGCACUACAGUGGGUCACUAAAAAUGAAACCUCUCAGAAUGGAUACCGAGCAUCUUGUUCAUUUGAAAAAACAUUUUAUAUUGGAAAGCCACAGCAGUGUUUUGAAUAAAAUUACUGUGUAACUCAUGAGGAGGAUGCAUCAAUUUAGAGGAGAUGUGUGGUGUUCGUGCUUCUCAAACCACAACCUACAAAAUGUCAUACAAGGCAGCGUUCCUGCUGCUGCUAACACACUCACUCACACAC